GAAGAAGCGUCUUCCUGUCCAUGUGAGAGGAUCAGCAUGGCCCCACCAGGAGGGAAGAUAAACAGACCAAAAACUGAGCUCGGUAAGAAGCUCUUCAAGCGGCGGCGAGUUCUGAGCAGAGACAAGAGGAAGAAACAUCAGAUUGUCGGAGCGGUGGUCGAUCAGGGUCUCAUCACCGUCCAUCAUCUGAAGAAGAGGAAGUCGAGCCCGAGAGCGAACAUCACUCUGUCCGGGAAGAAGAAACGGAAGCUGCUGAAACAGCUGCAGCACAUGCAGCAGGAGAAGGCCAGUAUGGAAGUCGAAGCCGCAGCAGCACCACCGAAGAAGAAACAGGACUCGGCCUCCGCUCCAGCAAAGACGAAGAAGAAGAGCGCGGCUGGAUCGCAGGAGGACGUAGAGAUGGCCGAAUGAAGGGACGACGCCGUUACCUGUCGUUUCAUCUUUGAACUGGACUCUGAAGCCCGAUCGAGAGUUUUCUCUGAACAAACGUGGAGUUUUAUCGCAGUUUGUGACGUUUUUCCGUCUGCAGCUGUUUGUCGGUUUGUUUUGUGAAUCGAUGCUGGAAGGAAGCAAAGAUUCAGACAGAUGGAAGUGAAGAUACUGCUGUUGGAUUAAUUAUUCGUACAUCGAGUCAAAAUUCAUUUAUGACGUCAAACUUUGACUUAAAAGUUCUUAGCUUUACUAAAUCAAACUUAGAGAAAGCACAUGAUUUUUUUAAAAUCGAGUCAAAUAUAUGAAGCAAAGUCGAAGAGACACCAAAUCAAAAAGUCAGAAUUUUAACUUUGUGUUGUGUCUCGACGUAAAGACGAGUUUUGACUUAACUAAUUUUGAUUUAAUAAACCUGUUAAGUGACAUUCGACUUUCUGUGGAACAAUUUUGACUCCCCAAGUUAAAAUGUGUUAGUUUGUACUGACAGAAAGUAUUUUUAGUUUCUUUAAAGUCAUCUUUUCUUAUUUCUCUGGCAGACAGAAAUGAUUUUCCAUUGACUCACAUCAGAAUCAUUUGGAUGUGAAAGUCUUCGCUCUGUUUUCAAAGGCUUUGUUAAUGUGAGACAUCCUGCUAAUUUAUAGGUAUUAAUCCUGUAGCCCGAGUGAAACUGCACCACAUUCACCUCCAGUCAAAUUUAACCUCCUGCUGUUACUAACUUCAACAAUCCAUCAUGAUGUUAUUCUACACUUCCUUUGUUUCUGCUCACUAAUAUAUCGUUUUUUAAGAAGUCUUCUCAUACCGGAGGACCUCGUUCAUUGUCGAGGACUAUUUUCAUCCACAGAUUACUCCUCAUCGUCUGAUCUGAUACGGAUUAAACGUGAAACGUGAAAGUUUUGUCAUUAUUGCAGUUUUCUGACUUGCAGCAUCGUCCACACUCUGAAUUUCUACUGUGUCUCUAAAUCUUGUGAUUAUUAAACAAUGUGACUUAAUUUAGUCAUAAUUAUGAGACAAUAUAUCAUAAUAUUGACUUAAAUAUGUCACUGUUAUGUUAAGUCAUAACUUCAUGUCAGUGAUGUCAGUUUGCCUUAAAUUAUAAUUAUGAUAGAUGAUUACUUACUAAAUGUUUGUCUUCUAAAAUUCAAGUGUUCCAGAAGCACAAAGACAGAAAUAAGCACAGAUCCAGUAAAAACAAAUAAUUAUUAUGUAAAAAAAAAAAGGAAACUAUGCAAGAGAAAUUAAAA